AUGAGUAGGCCAGGAGAUUGGAACUGCAGGUCAUGCCAACACAUGAACUUUCAAAGGCGCGAAUCGUGUCAAAGAUGUGGCGAUUCAAAAUACGGAGAAAGAGUUGAUUAUGGAUCAGUGUUUGGAGGAAUUAGAGGAGGUUCUUCAUUUGGUUUAAGUGGUUCAGAUGUUCGUCUAGGUGAUUGGUAUUGUGGUGCUGGAAACUGUGGUGCACACAAUUUUGCUAGUCGUUUAAGUUGCUUCAAAUGUGGUGCUUUCAAAGAUGAAUUAGCUGGUGGAGGAUAUAACAAUAGUACUGAUAUUUUGCUUUCAAGAGGCUUUGGUGGAAGUACUAGACCUGGAUGGAAAUCGGGUGACUGGAUUUGUAACAGAUUAGGAUGCAAUGAGCACAACUUUGCAAGCAGAAUGGAAUGUUUCAAAUGCAGUGCACCAAGAGACACCUACUAG